UGGACGGGAGCAUAUAGCCUCAAUGCUCUUUCAAUCUUGACUUUCAUAUCAAUUACAGAAAAAGAGGCGUGGAUUUUGGAGUGGGAGAACGAGGAAGAUGAAGGAGUGAUGGGGAAAAGACUGAUGACGAAAGAGAAGGAAAAAAGAUCGAUGAAGACAGAGAAAGAGAAAGAGAAAGAGGAGGCAGUUUUAAAAGAUACUGGAAUAGCAUCACCUAGUCCAUUUCCUCAACAUAAAGCAGGUCACUCAAUGAUGGCAGAUAAUUACCCAAGACUUUAUUUACAAUAUAUAGUGUCUAAUACAGUGGCGUUUAUGGCAUCUUUUAGCGUCGUAUUACUGUUGAUAAGUGGCUUGCCUUUAAGGACAAAAGGUUUAAUGUGGUUAUUGAUGUUUAUCAUGUGGAUCGCCAUUGUUGCAACCGCGUUCACUUACAAUACAUUUAUCGCAGCCUAUUCCCCAAGAAAAAGGCUCUAUGAAUACGUCCUAGGAUUCUUGCUGCUGGCAUGGAUGGGAUUCUUGUCCCUCCUGUUCAUUAGCCAUACAAUCCGCUUGAUAGUGAAGGCUGUUAGAAAGCUGAUCCGCUUGAUAGUGAAGGCUGUUAGAAAGCUGAGACAAUCUGCUGCCAAGUGGAGUAUGAAUGAUUCCAGCUAGUGUAAUAAGAAUGUACUAGCUAGUGCUUAGCAAAACUCUAUCUCAUGUAUCUAGGGAUUCAUGAUCACCAUGAUUAUAUUAGUACUCUUAUGAUCUAGUACUGAUUUUAAAAUAUUGGAGUUUUAGACCUCUUUGUAAAGUAAUAUAAUGGUUAGACGCAUUUAGUUUAUAUAUAUAAGACCUUUUACACUA